AUGAUAGCAAAGAUGAAUGGAGUCAAUGGACAUGCAGAAUGUGGGGAAGUCGACGGGGUACUUGUCUACUCGAUCCACAACGUACCCGUUACCGAAGAAAGGAGACCAUAUAUCAAUGGCAAGAACUCUCGUCUUCAGCACGCAGCGGUUGCGCGCGCAAACCUCGCUCCGUCAGAAGAAUCGCCACAAGGCAGCACACAAGACAACUGGGCAAAGAAGCACUCGCACCAAACUGUCCUGCAACAACACUGCGACUUCUUCGACCGCGACCACGACGGUAUUCUCUGGCCGCAAGACACCUUUGUCGGCUUCUACCGCCUAGGUUGCGGUCUUUUCUUCUCUGCCUUCGCCGUCUUGAUCAUUUACAUCAACUUCUCAUAUCCCACGUGCUCAGGAUGGCUUCUGGAUCCCUUCUUCCGUCUUUUCUUGCAAAAUGUGCAUAGAGCGCGACAUGGUAGCGAUACUGGAACGUAUGACACCGAGGGAAGAUUCAUUCCGUCGAAAUUCGAAGAGAUUUUCACAAGUAUGCCGAUGGGCGAGAUUAUCUGA